CAGAAGCUACUCCGGAUGUCACCUGCUGCUGCUCGAAUUGAUUAUUCUCAAACGUCGAUUGUGGAUAUCAGAGUCAAAUAAUGGAAAAACUGGACGAGGUCGCAAUUGCCACACUAAGAGGUAUGCUACAGGGGUUACUUUUAUGUUGUACUGGCGUUCUUUACCUAUCUUAACAAUUCGUGGAUUUGCGGCUAAUGGGCUAAAGUUUAGCAGCUAAUCUACAUCAAAAAAUGUCUGGUGUUGCAUUAUGAUUCCCAUCUAGAAAUAGGUUAAGUCUAAUUAAGCUUUGGGUCCAUUAUGUUAAUAUUAGGGGCUGUAAAUGCUGAAAAAACAGCAACACCUUGUUGUAAAACGUUAAGGGUUAAUUGAUUAAGCAGUGCGCAUGCCCAGGCAUGAGCCGGAGCCGUUGGAGCUCUUUUGCGCGCACAGGACCCCGGCACUAUCAGUACAAGGCGCCUGAGUUUAAUCUGUAGGCUAACGCAUUUGUUUAAAGGUGCCAUUUGUGGUGCCAAUUGUCUAUCAAGCUUUACAAAAUAUAUUAACUGACAUGAAAUGUGAAUGCAUUUUAUCUAGCAAGGCUCUAUUGUCACUCUUACUGUAGUUUGCAUGGCUUCAAUAUAUGUACCGGUAAUUUAUAAAUGCUGUCAAAUUCACUCACUGCUCUUGAAGUAAAAAUGUUAAAAUCUGAGGGAAUUAAAUGAUAACCUUUGUUUCUUGGCCCUGUCUGUAACUGUUCUAUAUUCCAGCUGCUAAUAUUGGAGAAGACUUACUCCCCUCGCUUUCCCGAGACGACAUCAAAGACCUCUUUCCUGGUCCUGAAAAUUUCUUGAGGCGGCGGGCUAUAUGGCUUGUUGUAAAUAAAGAUGAAAAGGUGGAUACUGCUCCCGAAAUUCAGCAAUCACCCCCCACUGGAGGCAGUGACUUUUCAUUAGAGGAGGCCAAUACUUCUAAAUUUGUGACUAUGUCAAACCCAGAAUACAUAGUCUUCACCGACAGUGAGCUUGAACAGGUGCGACGCUCCUACUUUGAACAGAAACGACUGGGGACCGAGCACAAUGGGACCCUAUCCAAGGAACUCUUCUGCCGACUCAUAAGAAACACUAUGACUAACAUGAUCUCCAUCGCAAGAGCCACAGAGGACUCCAGAUACCCCACCAAACAUGAGGUGAAUGCCAUGGCAAAGCGACUGGUGGAUUACUAUCCAAUGAUAAAAGACAGGUCAUCAAUCAAUGAGUGGGAGCAUGUUGCCAAAAAGCUCAUGAAGAGACUCUCAAAUGUCAGAAGUCCAAAGAAGGUCAAAGGUCCUCCUUCCAAGAAACCACGACAAGAAGUCAGUUCAGACGUUGCAACUACUGACUACGAUGGAGACUCCAGUACAUCCACCAUUAUUCUGGAACGGUCACCUGUUAGUCCCAUGGGCAUCCCAGUAGAUCUGUCACCUAGAACCAGCACCCCAGUGCAGAACCGGAACAGCAGUGAUGAAGAAUCUUGUUCAGUUGACAUCAUGGACAGCCAGAAAAUCCAAGCAAGACACUACAAGACCCUCCAAGAAAUAUACAAGUCCAAAAAGCCAAACAAAGCUGCGGUAACUCAUUUGCUGAACAUGGAAUUUGAGUCUCGAAGAUGCUUCAUCACCUCUGAUGUUUUAAAGGAGCAAGACAGAGCAACAAAGAUUCUAGAGGCUUACCCUUGUUUCAGAGAACUGGAUCAUGUGCUGGAUGAGCUGCAGCGAAUCAUCCAACCGACCAACUCCCAGUACAUAUCAGAGAUGCAGAACAGGUGGAAAACCUUCUAUUCAAAGGUCCAGUUUUAUGGAGUGAUGAAGAAGGCCAUGAAGAUUCCUAAAACUUUGAAUGGAGUGGAGCAUAUCACAGCUGUCUUCAGAGCCCUGCCACUGCUCUUUCCGUCCAGCACUUUGCCACCGAAGAAACUGGGCUCAAGCAGCGAGGCUCUUUUCCAUGUCCUAGCGACUUCUGAGGAUCCUAAUGGUUUCUUGCAACAGCGACCCCUGUCUUCUCCGGUUCUGCUAGUUUCUGAGGACAACUACAUGAUCGCAAUUGGAAAAACACCUGUGACCACCUUCACCAUGGACGGACUUAAUGAGGGACUUCUCUACGUCAUGGCAUAUUACUAUGCCCUGCACAUGACCUACCCCAAGUGCAUUUCUACACUACUCUCAGUACUGCAGACAGAGGUACUUCAAGAUUCAAUUCAUGAGCAGGAUUUGACCCCUCACUACAAAAAAGCGAUGGGUGAGUGGAAGUCAUUCAGUGAGUGAGUCCCUUUGUCCAUCACUCUGCCCCACUCUGCCUGUUGUAAGACUUUCAAAGAAAGUUGAUGUUCUGUUUUAAAAAAAAGUUCAUCACAGUUGGACACAUUUGUUGGUGAGAUUGAAAACCUUUCCUGUGGGAUAAUAUGCUGCAAAGCAGCUGCAACAUGUUGUUUAUUGCUGUAGUAUGCUGCUACAAUAACUGAUUUUUUUUUUUAUA